AUGAGGAACCUACUGAUAUUCACCAUCCUCUCCUUCAUGACAGGUAAUAAGCUUGUUAUUGCACUCUAUAACAAUGUAAUAACACCCAGUUAGUCUUCUUAUAAAGACUUUUACUCUAGAGUAUGGACUACCAAUUUGUUUGGAUAAUAUGAUGCCACCACUGUUUAAAAAUGUCUAAUCUCAAUGCUGAUAGCUGCAUUAUUGAGGAACGUUUUUACUUCCUAGGACUGUGAUAUGGGGUAGUUUUAUCUACCUUAGUUGAAUGCAGUGACUGUAUAAGACCGCUUGCUAAAUGACCGAAAUGUAAAUGGCAAUCUCAGAUUGUGUGAGCUGCCUUGAAGUGGAAGGAUACCCAGGAGGAACUGUCAUCUUCAACUGUAAAUACCCAGACGCAUAAAACAGCAACCAGAAAUAUUUCUGUAAGAAGUCCAGCCAGAGUUGUGAAGAGAAAAUUAGAAUUGAGACAAAGAAGACCUGGGAGAACAAGGAUAGAUUCUCUCUAAAAGACACUGACAGUAAACUCUUCACGGUGGUCAUCGAAAAACUGCAUUAUAGCGAUGAAGGAUACUACUACUGCGAUGUGGACACACCAGACAUACCGUCAACUUGCUGUAGGACUAAGGUGGAGCUGGAAGUAAAGGAAGGUGAGGAAAAUUAUUUUAACAGUCUAAUUCCCUGUGUGAUGAGAAUAGCUAGUCACGGCGGUCAGUCAACUAAGGGCGAAAGGAGAGACUGAGGUUAUUAAUAAAGGCUGAGGUUGUUUCCAUUGACAGAUGACUGCUGUAGGAGAUCAUUCACAGAGACUGCCUAUCUGGGAGGAAAUGCUACCAUCAGCUACAAGUAUCCAAAUGACCAUAAGGACAGCAUCAAGUAUUUCUGCAAACAAGAUGGUCACUUCACCUGUAAAUACAAUAUAGAUUUACAAUCUGGAAAAGAAUCAAACAAACAAGGUAGUUUUUUGUGUCUGACAAGAGAGAGUCUUCACUGUGACAAUCACCAACCUGACUGGGGAGGAUACAGGGAUAUACUGGUGUGGUGGGAAACUACUGCCUACAUCACCCUGAUCACUGAAGUACAACUUAAAGUUAUUAAUGGUGAGUGUAAGCAUUGCUUUCUAUGAUGAGUGUGAUAGAAGGAGUCAGGCGCAGGAGGGUAAAUCACAGAAUACAGAGUUUAUUCCAUCGUACACAAAUGCGCUGGAUAGCGACACACGGAAACAGGCACAGGAAACUAUCUACCCUGGCAAUACACGGUACGGGAUACUCCACCAAUAUACAGGCACAGGGGAAAUAUCUACCCCGGCAAUACAAAGGGAGAGUAGCUACACCGAGCUACACUACUCUCACAAAUAACAAUCACCCACAAGGACAAGGGGGGCAGAGGGAACACUUAUACACUGACUAAUGAGGGGAUAAGAACCAGGUGUGUGUAUUUGACAAGACAAGACAAAUGGAAUGAUGAUAUAUGGAGCGGCAGUGGCUAGUAAGCCGGUGACGACAAACGCCGAAGCCUGCCCGAACAAGGAGGGGAGGCAGCCUCGGCAGAAGUUGUGACAGCUUUCAUAUCAUCUACUUGUCACGAUCGUCGGGAACAGAGGCGGACCAAGGCGCAGCGUUGAAGGCAAACAUACUCUUUAUUUAGUGAUUACACAACAAAAAUAACAAAACGAUAACGUGACGUCCACGGUCUAAACACAAACCACACUGGAACAAGAUCCCACAACCACUGUGGGAAAACAGCCUGUCUAAAUAUGGUUCCCAAUCAGAGACAACCAGCAACAGCUGACACUCGUUGCCUCUGAUUGGGAACCACUCUGGCCAACCUAGAAAUACAACUACUAGAAAAACAAAUGAAACUCACACCCUGGCUCAACAUACACGUGUCCCCAGAGCAAGGGCGUGACAGUACCCCCCCCUAAAGGCGCAGACUCCGACCGCGCCAACUAAAUACCACAGGGGAGGGACCGGGUGGGCACUCCGCCUUGGCGGCGGAUCCGGCUCCGGGCCUGAUCCCCACUCCCUCUCCAACCCCCCAAAGUACCCCUGGUCCGGUCUGGCCCCGCUGGCCGGAGCUGGACUGCACACUGGUGGAACGGAUUGCUCUAGCUCCGGCGUGAAGCAGCUGACCGGUGCCGGACCAGGCACCGGUGGAACAGGCACGGGCCGUGCCGGACUGACGACGCACACCACUGGCUUGGUGUGGGGAACAGGCACGGGCCGUGCCGGACUGACGACGCACACCACUGGCUUGGUGUGGGGAGCAGGAGCGGGCCGGACCGGGCUGGCGACGUGCACCAUUGGCCUGGUGCGGGGAGCAGGAACAGGCCGGGCCGGGCUGGCGACGCGCACCAUAGGCUUGGUGCGGGGGGCAGGAGCGGGCCGGACCGGGCUGGCGAUGCGCACCAUUGGCCUGGUGCGGGGAGCAGGAACAGGCCGGGCCGGGCUGGCGACGCGCACCAUAGGCUUGGUGCGGGGAGCAGGAACAGGCCGGGCCGAGCUGGCGACGCGCACCAUUGGCUUGGUGCGGGGAGCAGGAACAGGACGGGCCGGGCUGGCGACGCGCACCAUUGGCUUGGUGCGGGGAGCAGGAACAGGACGGGCCGGGCUGGCGACGCGCACCAUUAGCUUGGUGCGGGGAGCAGGAACAGACCAGACCGUACUGGGGACACACACCACUGGCUCUACGCAGGGAUCUGGAACGGGCCGGACCGGACUGGUAACACACCCCAGUACCUCUCGCUGUGCCUCUACACCUUCCUUCCCCUCUUUGACCAGUGGCCCCCGUAACCUGGCGGCCUCCUCUGCCAACCCGCUGGGCCGCUCUAUCGCGGUCUCCUGCUGCCCCGUCGUCCACGGCGUUAGCCCCCCCCUAAAAAAAUUCUGGGCUUCUCUCCUACCCGUGGACCAGGUCUCCAUACUUUCCGCCAGCCUUUCGCCCUUCUGCUUCCACGUCAAGCCCCUCUCUUGCUCACCCGGCUUGACCCAGUCGAGGAGGCGCUGGAUAUCCGCCAGAGAUUUCCCUGGCGAUGGCUCCCUGCUUGGUCCAGUUCUGGUGGGAUCUUCUGUCACGAUCGUCGGGAACAGAGGCGGACCAAGGCGCAGCGUUGAAGGCAAACAUACUCUUUAUUUAGUGAUUACACGACAAAAAUAACAAAACGAUAACGUGACGUCCACGGUCUAAACACAAACCACACUGGAACAAGAUCCCACAACCACUGUGGGAAAACAGCCUGUCUAAAUAUGGUUCCCAAUCAGAGACAACCAGCAACAGCUGACACUCGUUGCCUCUGAUUGGGAACCACUCUGGCCAACCUAGAAAUACAACUACUAGAAAAACAAAUGAAACUCACACCCUGGCUCAACAUACAAGUGUCCCCAGAGCCAGGGCGUGACACUACUCAGCACAGUUUCUUUUCCCUUCAAUUUAUUUAGAUUUUAGACAACAGAGAAAUAAGGCCUACUAGUAUCUUGGUCACAAAGCAACUAUUUUUGUGUUGCUUUGAAUAUGCAGAGUAUGAAACAUAAUUCUCUAGAAUAGCCUUCCAUAGUACAAAUACAGUCAGCACUUCCUGUUGUGUUGCUAAAAUUCCUUCUCAAAUAGUUUUUCCUUGAUUCCUUGUGUCCACUUUCUUCGCCUCCUUCUCCAAACGCAUUGCAGGAGAUACUCCAAGGUCCCUCCCCUCUGACCUUUUCCUCCAAUGUGUUUUGAGAAGGAGGCGAAGAGAGAAGACACAAGUAAUCAAGGAAAGACACAUUGGGAAAGACCCUUUUCUUUUUGUCACUUCUUGUGGCGAAUCGUUCUGUGGUGUGCUAAGAUUUCUGGGCAUGCUCAGUCAUGAGAUUGUGGUCUGUGAAGGAGUUGGGGGUUUUGCCAGUUCCUUUUUACACUUCAAUUGUAGUCUUUGCGCUGUGACGUCAACCACAAUCUGUACCAUGUCCAGCUGCCUAUUGGUCAUUUCAACCAAUUAACUGUCUUAUGUUAUCAUCACCAAAGAUCUGUGGGGCUACUGUAUUACUCCAUAAUUCAUAUUUUCUUGUGAUAGGAGACUGUCUCUGUGAACAGAUUAUGUUUAAUGUUAAGUGGUUCGAGCACUUGACCACUGCCGAUUAUAUUUUUUUUUAUAAAGUACGAUUUGCAUGUGAACAUCAUCAACGUCAUGUAUUGCACCUCUAUAAUGGUUGUCGAUUGUAUGUGUGCCCACUCUUUGUGUGGCUGUAAUAGUGGAAAGCAGUUAAAAAAUGUCCAAUCUUUUUGUGUCUCUAACCAUUACUUCACGCAAGACAACAGCAGUGACCACCACCACAGUGACCACCACCACAGUGACCACCACCACAGUGACCACCGCAGUGACCACCGGAGUGACCACCACACUGAACACCAUGUCUCCUGCAUCUUCAUCCAUGUCACCAUCAACGCUAACGGGUAAAGACAAUGUCACUUUGAUAAGUACAUUUGGUUCUAGGGCAGGUAGCCUAGCAGAUAGGAGCGUUGGGCCAGUAACCGAAAGGUUGCUGGUAUGAAUCCCCGAGCUGACCACAUGAAAAAUCUGUUGAUGUGCCCUUGAGCACGGCACUUAACCCUAAUUGCUCCUGUUAGUUGCUCUGGAUAAGAGCCUCUACUAAAAUGUAAAACAAUUUUCUCUUCUUAACAGCUUGCCAAUACAUAGGAGUCUUUUGAAAUAUAGUUUAACUUUGAGUCUCAAAGUUUGUUCCGCUGCAUAUUGAUUCACUAAGUUACACUGAAAGGACUAUAUGUAAGCAGAACAGAAGAGCUGAUUGCAUGGGGUCUACUCUCUUGCUCUUUGUGUGUGUGUCUUCCAGGCAACUCUGUGGUCAUCAUUGGGUUCUAUAUAGUACCAGAAAAGGGUUAUAUAUAGUACCAGAAAAAGGUUCUAUAUAGUACCAGAAAAUGGUUCUAUAUAGUACCAGAAAAGGGUUCUAUAUAGUAGCAGAAAAGGGUUCUAUAUAGUAGCAGAAAAGGGUUCUAUAUAGUACCAGAAAAAUGUUCUAUAUAGUACCAGAAAAUGGUUCUAUAUAGUACCAGAAAAGGGUUCUAUAUAGUAGCAGAAAAGGGUUCUAUAUAGUAGCAGAAAAGGGUUCUAUAUAGUACCAGAAAAGGGUUAUUUGGCUUGUAAUGAUAGAGUGCCCCUAGAUACCCUUUUCUGAACUUCAAAGAACCAAGUAAGGGCUCAAAGGAUUUUUUGAGUCAUGAUGGUUCCACACAGAACUAUCACCCUUACCAAAAAACGCUUGAAGAACUCUCUUUUCCAAGUGCGCGCACACACACACAUACACACACGCCAUGUACAAGUUGCUAUCCUUUGUUCCUUACUGGGAAGUAGAGAACUCAAGGUGAAUAGUGAGGGGUGUGCUGACUGUUGGUGGAAAUGCAGGUGUGACAGUUUUCCUCUCUCUAAUUCUCUCCCUAUGAGUGAUGUGUUUCUUGUGUUCCACAGGAGCUGUCUCCUCAACACACAGGGUGAGAGCAGAUGUUGGGAAUAAUAUAAAGGUUAGUGUGUGUGUGUGUCUGUGUGUGUGAGAGAGAGAGAGAGAGAGAGAGAGAGAGAGAGAGAGAGAGAGAGUUUAUGUAAGUGUGUGUCAAACUAUGUCCUCCCCUUCAGCAUGUACUCCUCAUCCUCUUCUUUCUUCCUCUUCUCAUUCUCCUCCUCCUCUUCCUCCUCCUCUUCCUUCUCUCCAGGGUGGCCAUGGUGAAAUAAAAGUGCAUCCCCUACAGCUAGACUCAGGUCCGGCGACCACCACCAACUUACCCACACACCCAUCUGACACUACGCCAGUGUCAAGUUCCACAAGAACUCCGGCAGCCCCAACGAAACCACCGCCGCCAUCGCUAACGAGGGCACUUCUUCCACUGACUGCGCCACUGUGAGCUUUGGUCGAAGCCCGCCUACUCUAUUCACCCUGACCAAUGAAUGA